GCUGGAGGAGCUGAAUGUGAUUGACAUGGCAUUUUUGUACGGUUGCCAGAACCCAACGGUUGCGUUGAUUCACUACGACCAGAGUGGUCGCCAUGUCAAGACGUAUGAAGUGUCUCUAAAGGAAAGAGAAAAAGAUUUCAUCAAAGGCCCUUGGAAACAGGACAAUGUGGAGACAAUGGCUUCGAUGCUGAUUCCAAUUCCAGAGCCUUUUGGGGGAACAGUCAUCAUCGGACAGGAGUCAGUCACAUAUCACAAUGGAGAAAACUACAUAGCCAUAGCACCAGCACAGAUUACGCUGAAUCGCAUCAACUGCUACGGUAAAGUCGAUGCAAACGGCUCCCGCUACCUACUGGGCAAUUUGGCAGGAGACUUGCUCAUGCUGAUUCUGGAAAAAGAGGAAAGGAUGGACGGCACCGUUGUUGUCAAAGAUCUCAAAGUGGAAACCUUAGGGGUGACAACCAUUCCAGAGAAGAUUCUGUACUUAGACAAUGGUGUUGUCUUUCUGGGCUCACACCUUGGAGAUUCACAGCUUGUGAAGCUGAAUUCUAAGCGGGACCCUAACGGCUCGUAUGUUCAAGUCAUGGAAACAUUCGUCAACCUGGGACCCAUUGUAGACAUGGUUGUUGUGGAUCUGGAAAAGCAGGGACAAGGACAGCUGGUGACCUGUUCAGGAGCAAUGAAGGAAGGAUCUUUGCGGAUCAUCAGAAAUGGAAUUGGCAUCAACGAACAUGCAAGUAUCGACUUGCCAGGAGUCAAAGGAAUCUGGCCUUUGCGAGUGAAUUCAGAGAAGUUUGAUAACAUGAUGGUCAUGUCGUUUGUUGGACAGAGCAGAGUUCUCCAGUUGUCAGGAGAAGAAGUGGAGGAAACAGAAUUACCAGGAUUUGAUGGUGCCAACCAGACAUUUCUCUGUAAUAAUGUCGCUUUUAAUCAGAUAUUGCAGAUUACACAGUCAUCUGUGCGUCUCAUCUCCUGUGUCCCUGGAGGUUUAGCAGAUGAAUGGUUUCACCCUGAAGGAAAAAACAUCAGCUUGGCUUGCUGCAAUAACAGCCAGGUUGUUGUUGCUGCCGGCAGUGAGCUCUUCUACUUUGAAAUUGAAAAUGGCAAAGUGACACAGAAGAGCCAUACAACAGUGGAAUAUGAGGUUGCCUGUCUGGACAUCACCCCACUCCAUGAAGACAAAGAGAAGUCAGAUGUGCUUGCUGUAGGUCUGUGGACCGACAUUUCUGCUAGACUGCUGAAACUGCCCACCUUUGAAAGUCUGCAUGUGGAAAUGCUGGGAGGAGAAAUCAUUCCCAGAUCGAUCUUGAUGGCAGCGUUUGAGGGCAUUCACUACUUGUUAUGUGCACUGGGAGAUGGCUCAUUGUUCUACUUUCUGCUAGACCCAGUGACAGGUUAUUUAUCUGAGAAGAAGAAGGUAACCCUCGGGACACAGCCAACAAUUCUGAAGACAUUCAAGUCGCUUGCCACUACCAAUGUUUUUGCAUGCUCAGACAGGCCAACGGUCAUAUACAGCAGUAACCACAAGCUGGUGUUCUCCAAUGUCAACUUGAAGGAGGUCAACCACAUGUGUCCACUCAAUUCUGAUGGUUACCCUGACAGCUUGGCUCUAGCUAAUGACACUACUUUGAUGAUUGGAACCAUUGAUGAGAUUCAGAAGCUACAUAUCCGUACAAUUCCACUGAGAGAAUCACCAAGGCGUAUUGCAUAUCAGGAGGCCACACAGACAUUCGGAGUUAUCAGUUUACGAGCUGAUACCGGAGAGCGUAAUGUCCACUGCUUUGAACCCUUACCGGCACCAGCCAGUUUGACGGCACUGAACACGUCUGUGGCCACAUCCAAGCUGUUGUCAGGAGGCGGGGGAGCCAGCGCUGGCGGAGAACAGGCUUUGAGUGAUGAGCAAGAGGUGUUUUCUUUGCUCAUUCUCAGGCAAAGCACAUUUGAAGUUCUGCAUGCGCACACCCUCUUGCCAAACGAAUGUGCCACCAGCCUUAUUUCCACCACCCUUGGGGAAGACCCAACUCCAUACUACAUUGUUGGUACCGCCUUAAUCAGCCCAGAUGAAGCAGAGCCAAAGUCAGGAAGGAUCAUUGUGUUUCAUUAUAAUGAAGGAAAGCUGGCUAUGAUUGCUGAAAAGGAAAUUAAAGGAGCAGCCUACAGUAUGGUGUCGUUCAAUGGGAAGCUUCUCGCAAGUGUUAACAGCACUGUUCGUCUUUUCGAAUGGACUGCUGACAAGGAGUUGAGAUUGGAGUGUAGCCAUUUCAACAACAUUCUAGCACUCUAUCUGAAGUGUAAGGGGGAUUUUGUCCUUGUUGCCGAUUUGAUGAAGUCUAUUGCAUUGCUGGGGUACAAGCCUUUGCAAGACGCCUUCGAAGAAAUCGCCAGGGAUGGGAAUGUGAAAUGGAUGACAGCCAUCGAAAUUUUAGACGACGACAACUUUUUGGGAUGCGAUAAUUUCCACAAUCUGUUUGUGUGUCAGAAAGACAGUGCGGCCACAACAGAUGAAGAGAGGUCACAGAUGCAAGAGGUUGGCCUGUUUCACCUGGGAGAGAUGGUCAAUGUCUUCAGACAUGGGUCACUGGUCAUGCAUCAUGCAGGAGAAAACACAACACCAAUACAGGGUUCUGUUCUCUUUGGUACAGUUAGUGGUGCUGUCGGUUUGAUAGCACAGCUCCCUCAGGAAUUUUUCAACUUUUUAGUGGAUGUACAGAACAGAUUGAGCAAAGUAAUCAAGAGUGUGGGCAAGAUUGAGCAUAGCUUCUGGAGGUCCUACUACACUGAACAGAAACGUGAUGCAGCCAUGGGAUUUAUCGACGGUGAUUUGAUCGAAAGUUUCUUGGAUCUGAACCGUGACAAGAUGCAAGAAGUGGUUCAGGGUUUGCAGCUUGACGACGGAGACAUGAAACGGGACGCAACUGUGGAUGACUUGGUGAAGAUUGUUGAAGAGUUAACCAGAAUCCACUGA